AUGGCCCUGCCCUUUCUCAAAAUGCUGUUUAUGACUUUGCUUGCCAACCUUCCGAUGCUUCGUGCAGCUCCUCUUCUAUCUUCGUUUCCUGUCAUUUUGGACGCCCCCGAGGGCAAACCUCCUACUGACCCUCGUCUUUGGGUUUAUUUGGGUGUCGCCGUUGUUCUCGUUCUCCUCGGUGGAGCUUUUGCCGGUCUCACCAUCGCUUUGAUGGGCCAAGAUGAAAUUUAUCUACAGGUCAUUCAUACUUCGGGCGAGGGAGCGGAGCGGAAACACGCUGGCAAGGUUCUCAGGCUCCUCAAACGUGGAAAGCACUGGGUUCUUGUCACGCUCCUUUUGGCCAAUGUCAUCACCAACGAGACCUUGCCCAUUGUCUUGGAUCGAUCUCUCGGUGGCGGAUGGCCCGCUGUUCUGAGCAGUACCGUUCUCAUUGUUAUUUUUGGCGAAAUUGCUCCGCAAUCCGUCUGUGUCCGUUAUGGCCUUCCGAUUGGUGCUUUCAUGUCUCCUUUCGUCUUGGUUCUCAUGUGGCUCCUUUCUCCAGUCGCAUGGCCCACCGCGAAGCUGCUUGACUACCUCCUUGGUGAAGACCACGGCACCACCUAUAAAAAGGCCGGCUUGAAGACGCUUGUAACUCUACAUAAGACAUUGGGAGCGAGCCCAGCAGAGCGCUUGAACCAGGACGAGGUCACAAUCAUUACCGCUGUCUUGGAUCUCAAGGCCAAGACAGUCGGAAGCAUCAUGACCCCAAUGGAUGAUGUCUUCACCAUGUCGGCUGAUCAAAUCCUGGACGAGAAGACCAUGGACACGAUCCUCUACGCCGGAUACUCGCGAAUUCCCAUUCACGCACCCAAUGAUCCCCGCAAUUUUAUUGGUAUGCUGUUGGUCAAGAUGUUGAUCACCUAUGAUCCCGAAGAUGGCAAGCGUGUUCGCGACUUUUCUCUGGCUACCCUACCCGAGACUCGGCCUGAGACGAGCUGCCUCGACAUUGUCAACUUCUUUCAAGAAGGAAAAUCCCACAUGGUGCUAGUUUCUGAUUUUCCGGGAGAGAACUUUGGCGCUCUCGGCGUUGUUACCCUGGAAGAUGUCAUUGAAGAGCUGAUUGGCGAGGAAAUCAUCGACGAGUCCGACGUUUUCGUGGAUGUGCACAAGGCCAUUCGUCGAAUGGCACCGGCACCUAAAUAUCGUGUUCCAAAGGGGGAAUUUUUUGCAGAGACACCGACUUCCAUAGCCCCAGGUAACGAGUCCCAACUUGAGAGCGGUCAAGCAGUUGAAGCCGUAGAGCAGGCUCUGGAAGACCAGACUGAUGGUGCCCGCGAAAGACCCUCGCUCCAGGCCAAGCGUUCGUCGGUUCCAGAGGUCGACUCACCAAAGGCCACGUUCCUCCUUCGUCGCUCUUCCAGCGUGGCAGAAGGUGGCUCGGGGAGGGUCACCCCAGUCCAAUUGAGAGCUACGGCGCCGGAUCUGCGGCAACACCUGAGGCAUCUGGGACCUUCCAACCUUGCUAGUCGACCGAAGCAAACGCGCUACGGUUCUGUCAAGAUUAAACCUGCAGCUAAUCUGCCCCCAAGUGCUGAAACGGCCGCAGCUCCGGUAACCGUUACGAGCUCCGCGCCGCAAGGUGGCAUGGGCGAAGGCCUAUUGGGCUCAGCCGGUCGUGCUGCUGCCGACGGCGUGCAUGCUCUCCACCUGGGGUAUGGGAGCUUUGACAAGACUAGCCCACUCCGUACGGUCCCUGAACACAAUCGCGAAGCCCCGAUCGUCGUUGGCGAUGCGAUCGCAGAAGAGCCGUCCAGCCCGACGAAGACUGCGAGCCCUAAGGAGAAGACCAAGUCCACUCCGGAGCGCAAGGACAGGCCCGUGUCUCAAGGCAGCAUCAUCUCUGUGCGUAGCCGGUCACGCUCCACUUCCCCGCUUACUAGACGUGAUGCUGCUCGAUCUGGAAGCAUCACUGAGAAUAUUAUCGACACUGGCGGUUUCCGGAAGCUUAUCCUAGAGACCAAUGAUGGCUCAGAUGAGAUUGAGAUUCAGACCAAGCACAAUGCUGAAGCGGCGGACGAGGAGGAUUCUGCUGGCCAGCGACCCGAUAUCAUCCUCAGGAAUACUGACGCGGUCGAUGUGGAAAUUGAAGCCUCGCCCCAAGAGCAACUUUCAAAGAUAUCUGAACCCAAGACCAGUCAUGACGAACAUCAGCCGAAUGGCGAUGUAGAGACUGAGAAACCAAACGGUAUUGUUCCCCACGGCGAUGAAAAUCAGAAACCCGUCGCGAACCCGCCUGAGCCGAGUAGUAGCUCCGGCAAGAAGAAGCGAAGAAGAAAGAAGAAGUCGAAGAAGAAUGGCGGGACCGGCACCAGCACCAGCGGCGAAAGCACCCCUUUGCUGGGAAAUGCAUAG